AUGGCGGCCACUCUCCUGCUCCACCGUGCGAAUCUACGCGUAUACCAGACGAUCAAGACCAGUGCUGUCGCCGCUAUGGCACGUCAGCAGUCUACCUUUAGCUCAUACCUGGUAACUCCGACCGAGCUGAACGAUGCCCUGAAGCACAACUCGCCAAGCAAGCUGUCUACUUCACCGAGGACGAUACCCGUCUGUGGUAGCUGGUUCUUGCCCAAUGACCCCGAGAAGCGCUCUGGCCGUGAAGUCUUCAAGCAGCGACACAUUCCAUCUGCUCGCUUCUUCGACAUCGACAAGAUCUCGGAUACCUCAAGCCCGUACCCACACAUGCUGCCAAGUCCGGACGUCUUUCAGAGAGCUCUGAGCGAGCUAGGGGUGAACAGGGACGACGUAGUAGUGGUCUACGACACAGCCGAGCUCGGCAUCUUCUCAGCCCCAAGAGUGGCAUGGACGUUCGAAGUCUUUGGUCACCCCGCUGUACAUAUCUUGAACAACUUUAGGUUAUGGGUAGAGCAAGGUCUGCCAACGGAAGAAGGCGAGCAGCAGAAGUUCGAACAGACCCAAUACCCAAUCCCAGUACUAGACAGCAGUAAAGUCGUGGCGUUUGAGGAAAUGCGCGAGCUGGCGAAAGACUACAGGAAGGAAGGUAGCGAAGAAAUCAACAUCCUCGAUGCCCGUUCCACGGGUCGCUGGAAAGGCACCGACCCUGAGCCACGUCCCGGUCUCUCCUCAGGACACAUCCCCGGCUCGACCUCCAUUCCAGUUCCUGAUCUCCUCGAUCCGAAGACCAAGGCCUUCCUGCCGGCGGAAGAGUUAAGGAAGGUGUUCGAGAGUAAGGGCGUCGAUCCCAGCAAGCCGGUGAUCUCGACUUGUGGUACUGGUGUUACCGCUACGGUCAUCGAUACUGCGCUUGCGGUGGCAGGACUAGGAGACGAGAGAAAGAGGAGGGUCUACGAUGGGAGUUGGAGUGAGUGGGCGCAAAGGGUAAAGCGCUCAGAGAAUCUGAUCGUAAAGUCAGAGUAA